AUAUUCCAGAGAGCUAUGGACCAAGUAUUACUAGGUCUUCCUAAUGUCCAUUGCUAUCUGGAUGACAUUCUUGUUACUGGGCGGACUGAAGCUGAACACUUGGAAAACCUGGAUGCAGUCCUUGGACGCCUGGAGGAGUUUGGCUUGCAUGUUGAAAGAGGGAAAUGUGACUUCUUCAAGGUCUCACUGGAAUAUUUGGGUCACAUAAUUGACGCUGAAGGUUUGCACAAGUCUCCUGAAAAAGUAAGUGCAAUUGUCAAUGCCCCAACCCCAUCAAACAUCACACAGCUGAGAUCGUUCCUUGGCCUGUUAAACUAUUAUGGGAGAUUCAUACCUAAUUUGGCGACUAUAGCGAAUCCUUUGAAUACUCUGCUGUGCAAAGGGAAGCGCUGGCAGUGGUCUGCAGAGUGCAAUGCUGCAUUCAAAAAGGCAAAGGAACAACUAGUGUCGCAAAACGUCUUGACACACUACGACCCACAGAACCCAAUUCGGCUUGCGUGUGACGCAUCACCUUAUGACAUUGGUGCUGUCAUUUCACACAUGUUACCCAGCGGUGAAGAAAAGCCAAUAGCUUUUGCAUUGCGCACACUUAGCAGGGCAGAACAGAAUUAUGCGCAAAUUGAGCGUGAGGCUCUAGCAAUUAUGUUCGGAGUCAGGAAAUUCCAUCAGUAUCUCUACGGACGGAAAUUCACGCUCUUCACAGAUCACUCACAGACCCUUACUACGAUCUUUGGACCACAAAAUGGGAUUCCAUCAAUGGCGGCGGCACGUAUGCAAAGGUGGGCAUUACUUUUGUCUGCGCACAACUACACCAUAGAGUACAAAAGAGCUGAACAUCACGCAAAUGCUGAUGGUCUUUCCCGUCUGCCAUUGCAAGUAGAACAUCGAGAGAAACAGGAUGCUGUAGAGCUGUUCUACCUCGGACAAGUGGGGAAGCUCCCUGUCAGUGCCACUGAUAUUCGACGAGAGACUAUGAAUGACUCUAUCCUGGCUACAGUUGUCGAAAUGGUUCUGAAAGGGACUCAAGCUAUCAGCCUGACUGAUAAUAAUGAACUCUCACCUUUCAUCUCCAAGCGCAGUGAGCUGUCUGUCCAACAUGGGUGCUUAAUGAGGGGUAUGAGAGUUGUUGUUCCCCACAAGCUAUGGAAAAGAGUGCUGGAGGAACUGCACACUGGCCACCCAGAAAUUGUCCGAAUGAAAGCCAUUGCUCGUAGUUAUGUGUGGUGGCCAGGUCUUGAUGCUGACAUUGAACUACAAGUGAAAAUGUGUCAGUCAUGUCAACAAAUACAGAAAAUGCCAUCCCAAGCACCCCUCCAUCCAUGGGAGUGGCCAAGAAAACCAUGGGAGCGCAUACAUGUAGAUUUUGCUGGGCCAUGUGAGGGUCACAUGUACCUAGUCGUGGUUGAUGCGCAUUCAAAGUGGCCUGAGGUGCAAGUGAUGACAUCAACGACAGCAGAAAAAAUAACUGAAGGUUUGAGGAACCUUUUCAGUCAUUAUGGUCCGCCCGAAGUCCUCGUGAGUGACAAUGGACCACAAUUUGUCUCUCAGGAGUUUGCAAAUUUCCUAAAGGCCAACCAUGUGAAACAUAUUUGUUCCGCUCCAUAUCAUCCGGCAACAAAUGGGCAGGCUGAGAGGUUUGUUCAGUCUCUAAAACAAGCACUGAAGGCUUCUACUCUUCAAAAAAGGCUGGAAACAUUCUUGCUAACAUACCGCAACACACCACAUCCAACGACAAAAGAGUCCCCUUCCUUGCUGUUUUUGGGACGCCAGUUGCGCACACGUCUUGAUGCCUUAAAACCCAGUGUGACAGCUGCCGUGCGACUCUCCCAGGCCUCUCAGGUUUUCCGCCGAGCUGGUCGUUUGAAGCCAAGACAGUUCAGAGUAGGCGAUGCUGUGCUGGCUCAUGAUUACAGGGCGAGAAAGAGAUGGACAUCAGGAGUGGUGACGGCUCAAAGUGAUCCAGUAUCUUAUACUGUGGAUGUAGACCUCUGUAGAUGCCACUUCUUCUACACCACCAACAAGGAACAAGAUGUUAACAGUGACAUAUCAGAAGAGUGUCAGACAAAGCAUGGCAAGCAUGACAUUACACCAACACAGCUCAGACGUUAUCCAGCAAGAGUGAUUAAACCACCCAACC